UUAUUUGUGUCAUUCUAGUUAAAAAUGGCGGCCUCCGUGUUACAACGCUGUUUGGCUGCGGCUGUCAAAGUUAAAUUUGUAACUCCAACUUUUACAGUCAGAAGAUGCUUGCUCUCCGCUGCAUACACAGACACUAAACUAUGGGAGGCGAGAGAAAAGGAUCCUCAGAACCUGGCUUUGUUGGCCACCUUCAUGGACAGAACUUAUGAGAGGAAGCUCCCGGUUAGCUCUCUUACUAUAUCACGGUUUGUUGACAAUAUAUCAUCAAGAGAGGAAGUUGACCAAGCUGAGUACUACCUUUACAAGUUUCGGCACAGCCCAAAUUGCUGGUAUCUUAGAGAUUGGACUGUUCAUGGUUGGAUCAGACAGUGUCUUAAAUACGGGGCAAGGGAGAAAGCACUGCACACACUUAAAAACAAGGUCCAGUAUGGAAUAUUCCCAGAUGAUUUCACCUUCAACCUUCUCAUAGAUUCUUACAUCAAGACUGAAGACUUCAGAAGUGCUUGCUCUGUUGUCGAAGAGGUGAUGCUCCAGGAGGCUUUUGACCUCACCUCUACACAGAUCUUGUCUUUGUAUUCUUUGGGCAGUUAUCUAGCAGCUAAGCCAGAACUAAGUUUGUCAGAUGAGAGGGCACUGGGAGCAUCUCUGCUGAUUGUUGGACUUGAACAAGACAACACCGUUGGCCUCAGUGCUCAACUUCUUGGCAAUGCUCUCUUAGGCAAGGUGGAGAUGUUGAAGGGCAUCCACGCUGUGUUCAAAGGGAUGCCUCUGAUGUGGACCCAUGGAUAUCUGGGCCGAGCCCUGGCCAUCAUGGAGAGAGUGGCUGCCGCUUCUACAGAUGUCAGACUGUCCAAAGAUGCAGUUGACUGCCUAAAUGAUGUGCUACACGACCUCUCCUCUCCCUCUGAGUCGGACUCUGAGUCAGACUCUGGAGGAGAAGAUGACAAAAAAGAGACCCCUGACAAAAAAGAGACCACCCUAGAUGAGGAUGAUGAGAAGGAACAGUCCAAGCUACCUCACUAUGUCAGCAGGUUUAAGGAACUGAGCAGCGAGCUGGAGUCUAAGGGCAAGGUGGAUCCUGCCCACUUCCAGACAUCAGUGUCCGCUCUGGCCAAACAGGGACUGGCUGUAGCCGAACAGCUUGACAUAGAGCAGUACCUGGAUAAGGUGCAGGCCUGGGAGGAGGAGAGGAGGAAUCUGAUCCAGAGAGAGAAGGAGUUCAGGGAGAAGGCCGAGCAGGAGAGACAGGAGCGGCUGGCUGCCAGGGCUGCAGCGAAGCAAGCAUAGAAACUCAACAGUAAAACCAGAGUUGAGCUAAGUGUUCAUUCAGUAAAUAUAUCUGUGAAAUUAUACAUAAUCGAGAGUUAAGAGUAUAAUUUUUACCUUUGUAAAAUUUGUUUUAAUCACUCAUGCUGCUGUUCAGCUCAGCUUUUUCUCUCGCAUGUUUUGCUGUUUCUGUAAAUAUCAUUUGUACUUCUGUGAUAAUGGAAAACCCCAACUGCUGCCGCUGUUUGUCGUGUGUUAUUAAAUAUUCUG